GAUGAAUGAUCAUCCAUCAGAACCUCUUGAAGGAGACAGUUUGGACAAAUUAAAUAAUAUUGAUUUAGGUCACUCUCCAGAUAAUUGGUCUGAUUGGUUUUCCUAUAUGUCUUUAAAGUUCGUAUUAUAUGUAGCUAAAAGCCCGUGGGAAUUUCUUACAUCAAUAUUAAUAAUCCUCACACCUCUCAUGAUAAUUUGUGCAUAUUGUUCAUAUAAGUUGGCUAAAGAAUUAAAACGUCAAGAAGUGGAUCAAAAGAUGAAGGCUAAACGUACUGCUGCCAUUAACAAAUCUAGGAAGCAAGUCAAAGUGGAUUAAGUAAAUUAAUUUAAGAACAAUUUUAGUUAUUACACAGAAUUUUCAUUAUUUUCUUGUUCUUAUAAUAUCAACACACUGACUCUCUUCAUUAUCAACAAGUCAGUUUCUUUUCAUCGUUCAAAUCAACGGGAUAUUGAGCUGCAUAUAUCAUUUCAGAUAAUCUAUUCUUGUCGUCGAAAUUCACACUUUAUAACACUAAAUUCAACAAUUAUCUACCCAGUGAAUUAUCCAUGGUGAAUUUUUUAGAUGAAUACAACGUUAAAUUCAAUUGUAUAGGAUAUGUUUUUAUCAUUUAUUAUUAUGUUCACUCAUCAUCCCUUUUUUGCUCUCGGUUUUGCAGGUAUGGGGAAACUUUAUUAAUCUGAUGAACAUCGUUGCGCCAACUCUCCAUUGUGUAAACUAUUCCAGUAUAUGUGAUAUUUCCUCUUUUUUUAUAUAGAACUCCUUUCAUUUGUGUAAUAAAUCGUUUUAAUUUGUACCUAUGUGUAAAUUUGACCCAAACGUUUAUUAAGAUUGGUGCUAAACAAUGUAUGCACGUAUACUGAAUCGUCUUAUUGUUAAACUUAAUUUGUAGUGCUUAAUAUUGUGGAUUUUUUAGUCUUUACUUUAUACAAUUUAUUUUUUACCUGAGAA